AUAUCACUUCAAUACAUUUAUUAUUUUUCAAUCUUCUCUUUAUGACUUUUUGGCUCCAUAUAGUUGAAAAGAAGUGCCAAUGGUGUAUUUUACUUGUACAAAUUGAAUGAUUCUCCUUGGAGAUUUAGACUGUACACAAUUACCUUGUUGCAUCAAAUCCAGAAAACCAGCACAAAAACAUUCGACUCAAAUGCUAUAAAUCAGAGCAGCACACAAAAUAAGCCAAAGAUCAAAGAGAAGGAAGAGAUAAUGAGGGAGCUAUGGGCACAAAUGGGGUCACUAAUGGCCACAGUUGUGUUUGUCUACACAAUUUUUGAGCGUUUCUUCCCACCUCACUUUCGUGACCGUUUUCAAGCCUACACACAAAAAUUAACCAACCACUUCAACCCUUAUGUCCAAAUAACCUUCCCUGAGUUCUCUGGUGAACGCCUAAAAAAGAGUGAAGCAUACACUGCCAUCCAAACAUACCUUAGUGCAAACUCAUCACAAAGAGCCAAAAGACUCAAAGCUGAAGUGGUUAAAGAUAGCCAAACACCACUGGUCCUUAGCAUGGAUGACAAUGAAGAGAUCACAGAUGAGUUCAAAGGUGUCAAAGUGUGGUGGAGUGCAAACAAAUCAAGCACCAACACACAAAGGUAUAACCCCUUUUCAUAUUAUGCCCCCCCAGAUGAAAAAAGGUUCUACAAACUCACUUUUCACAAAAGUUUCCGUGACCUCAUCACUAUGUCUUACAUAAAACAUGUCUUGGAAGAGGGAAAGGAACUUGAAAUGAGGAAUAGACAGUUGAAGCUUUACACCAACAAUCCUAGUAGUGGUUGGUAUGGUUACAAGCAAUCAAAGUGGAGCCACAUAGUUUUUGAGCACCCUGCAACGUUUGAGACGCUUGCAAUGGAGCAGAAAAAGAAGGAAGAGAUAUUGAAGGACCUUGUCAAAUUCAAGAAAGGGAAAGAGUAUUAUGCAAAAAUAGGUAAGGCUUGGAAAAGAGGGUAUCUUUUGUAUGGUCCUCCAGGUACUGGUAAGUCUACUAUGAUAGCUGCUAUUGCUAAUUUCAUGAACUAUGAUUUGUAUGAUCUUGAGUUGACUGCAGUAAAAGAUAACACUGAGUUAAGAAAGUUACUGAUUGAGACUCCAAGUAAGUCUGUUAUAGUGAUUGAAGAUAUUGAUUGUUCUCUUGAUCUUACUGGCCAAAGGAAACAGAAAAAGGAAACGAGUGAUGAUGAGGAACCAAAGGAUCCUAUUAGGAGGAAUGAAGAGGAGAAUAACAAAAGUAGUAAAGUAACUCUAUCUGGGUUGUUGAAUUUCAUUGAUGGGAUUUGGUCAUCUUGUGGGGGAGAAAGGAUCAUAAUUUUCACAACCAACUAUGUGGAGAAACUUGAUCCUGCUCUCAUUAGGAGGGGAAGGAUGGAUAAGCACAUAGAGAUGUCCUAUUGUUGCUAUGAACCAUUCAAAGUGCUUGCCAAGAACUACUUGGAUGUAGAGUCACACCAUUUGUUUGGUAAAAUUGAGAAAUUGUUGAAAGAGACUGAUAUGUCACCUGCUGAUGUUGCUGAGAAUUUGAUGCCAAAGUCUGUGGAUGAAGAUGUGGAAACUUGCUUGCAGAAAUUGAUUGAUGCUCUUGAGAUGGCCAAGGAGGAAGCAAGGAAAAAGGCAGAAGAAGAAGCAAGGUUGAAGGAGGAGAAAGAGAAGGAAGAAUGUACUAGGAUGGAAGAGAAAAAUAAGGAGAAAACUAGGGAGGAUGUGAAGGAAAAUGGUUUCCAUUGAUCAAUUUAGAUAGAUUCACUAGUUGCUAGUUACUGCCACUAUUAGGAUUUGAAAUAUCUACCAAUUGUCCCAAUGUCCCAAUGUAGCUUCUUGGCUAUGUAACAAUUGACAUGCUGUGUGGUUCAAUUUCUGUUUUCCAUGUCUUUUGCUCUUUCUAGUGUCUCUUACAGUAACAAUUACAUCGAUAUUCUCAUUCCAUUUCAGAUUGUGGCCUUUUGAAAUAUCGAAUAUACUACGUAGUUCAUGGUAGAACUAAAUAUUUUCAAGGACCAAAAAUGCUAAUCAGUUGAAAAAAUGCAGUUUAAAGAUGUUAAUUGUUACUAUAUGGAAGAAGUGGUUGGUUUGAAUAUAAAAGAUACUAAUCAAAUUAACAACAAAUGAUUAUACUUUUCAUUUCAAUUACAAGGAAUUGGUCUUUGGAUAUAAAUAAUUGAUUCACUCUUCCAACCCUCAAAUAUAACAGUCCCCUGCUGAUUAAAGUUAUUUUGUUCUUGGAUCUUUGGCACGUUUGUUGAUAACUGAGAAAUCCAGUUAUACUGCAUUUCCAAAAAUUUGGAGUGUAUUCGUGGUUCUGUAUAUAGAUUACACACAGGACUUGAAUAUUGAUUUUUCUUUUAUGGAUUAUAAGCAAAUCAUUCAAGGAUAUUACAUUUAAUUUAAAAUCUUAAGGUAUCAAGUUGUUGUUAUUAUUUAUAUAUUAUUCAUUUUUUUUAAUUUUAUUUAAUAUGAGACAU